AUGGUGAUGGGGACCUGUGCAGCUGGUAAGGACGACUGGAGGAAGAGAAUCGAUGCAGCCAACAACUAUAACUACAACUAUAUGAAGGCCCUGGAUGUUUUUAGAGAAGUUCUGAGAUUCCUGAAGGACGAUGUUCUGAAAACCAUCAACGUUCAUCCAGAAGGUGGAAAGUUCACAGCCUCUGACUUCACCUGGGUGUUGAAUGUUCCUGCCGUCUGGAAGGAUUCAGCUGAAGGGUUCAUGGUAGAAGCUGCUAUUCAGGCUGGUCUUGUAACAGAAGACACUAAAGACAAACUGAUGUUGGUUCUGGAAUCAGAAGCAGCUUUGACCUGGUGUUUGAAGCUUCCAUCUGAUGGUUUCUUCACACAGAACCACAGCAGAGACUCACAGGAUCCAUCUCCAGGACCAACAGAUGCUGGUACCAGCUGUAAUGAUCCACCAGGAAGUCAGGUGGCAGUACACUUUGAGAAGGAACCAGAAGAAACCAAAGUCCUGCUGGAGACCCAAAACAGAGACGGAAAACGGUACCUUGUUGUGGACUGUGGAGAUGAAACUAUUGACUUCACUGUUCUUGAAGUCCUGGAAGGAGGAACCUUGAAGAAGCUGCAGGAGGCCUCUAGAGAAGAUCUGGGAGGACGAACUGUGGACAGAAAGUUCAAACAGUUCCUGAGAGAAAUUUUCUCUGAUGGAGUCUGGAAAGAAUAUGAAGAAAACUUCUCCAGUGAGGUUCAGAAAAUGAUGUAUGAUUUUAUCCGUCUCAAACAGGUGGAUGAAGAUGUUCAGAUCAGCUGCUCAGAUAACCUGAGAGAACAGGCUCAGAAAAAGAAAGAGAUUGAAACGUUCUUUGUCUCGGUGGAAGGAGCUUCCUGGGAUGAAGGAGUCAUCAGAAUCACCAGAGAGAAACUGAGAUCUUUCUUUGAUUACAGACUGCAGGGCAUCACCAAGAGUCUCAGAGAAGAAUUACAGAAAGUUCUCAACAUUGGGUCUAUUGUGUUAGUGGGGGGCUUUGCUGAGAGCCAGAUACUACGUCAGCACAUCACUGAUCAGUUUGGACCUCAGUAUAAAGUUCUGUGUCCUCUUAGACCCCAGGAAGCCGUCCUGAAAGGAGCUGUAGAGCUGGGAAGAAACCCAAAGUUGGUGUCGUCUCAGAAAAAAGGUCCAGCUUGCUUGAAUUGGUUUUCAUGAGAUUUCUUUUAGCAGCAACUGUUACUAAUAAUAAAAUAAUAGUGAUGAUGAUGGUGA